AUGAUGAAGCUGCUGUUGACGCUGUGCCUCGUCGCCGCAGCGCUCCUGGAAGUGUCGGCCCGCAUGCAAAAUGUUACGGUUACGGGAAUCGCCGUCUGCCAAAAGAAGCGCCUCUCCAACGUGAAGAUUGAGCUGUGGGACCGUGAUACCCUUGACCCGAAUGACCUCCUCUCGACCGUGUUCACCAACGGCGACGGCGAGUUCACGAUCACUGGUGGAGAGGAUGAGGUCGGAAAGAUUGAGCCCUUCAUCCGCGUCACCCACAACUGCAAGACCAAGCCUUACUGCCAACGUAUCGGUGACUUCGAGGUUCCCCAAGAGAAGAUCGACGGCACCUACGACAUGACGUACCUCACCCUCGAUAUUGCGGUGUCCGGCGAGAAGGAGAAGUGCAUG